AAACAGUCUAUGACGACCUACAAAACAAAUACCGCCUCUUGUAGCCAUAUUUGAGAAAAUAUGUUUGUGCCCGAUGAGAAUUCACUUUUUUAGAAUUAUUAUUCUAUCAGUUUUCUGACAGAUUCCAGUGAUUGCCUGAAACAUAGACAUUGAAGAUGGGUGAUUGUGAUGACGUUCCUCAGUUGGUAGAUUCUUCAGAUGAGGAAUGCAACGGGCCUACACCCAGUGAAGUCCUUGUUAAUAAAUGGGCCACGAAGCCCGGUGACUGCGAACCUCUGAUAAAGCCGUAUGUACUUGCUCCCUUCUUGUUUGGCUUUGACAGUGACCUGCCCAAACACUGGAUUGCUGCUCUUCAUGACUGCGGAUUGCUGGCUACCAAAAACAGAUCAAAAGAUGUGACGGUAUUAUCAAAAGAAGAGUGGGGAUUGGUGGAUUUUGUGGAUGACGUGUAUGAGCUUGUUGCAGACAUACUGACCAGUCGCAGUAAACUGUUGCCAGAUAUCCUUGAUUUCAUAGACAAAAUUGACGCGAUGUUGCUGAAUGUAAAGAUGCUCAAUGUAAAGAAGACUGUUGAACUUGCUCAAGAAGACGAUGUGCUAAGGGAUAUUGGGAAAGACGUGAUGUCAUCGAAGACAUGUUUCAGGAAGUCGGAGAGUCGGACUUUGUUCUGCCUGAUUUACAUUUUCAAAAACUGUAAGUUAGUGGCAUUGUCAGGAUGCUUGUUAAUAUUCCCAGUGGUGUUGCAAGGAUAAAUAGGUAUACUGUGAUAUUUUAUCAACUCAACGUGGAUUUAUCCAAACGUUCUGCUGGUCCGAACAUUGGCCUCUUCCCAAAAGAAAGUGGCACUAAAAAUUCCAAAUUUCUAUGCUAUAUACAUGUAUUCCCAAUACAUAUAUUUAAUUAUGUCUGUUGUAAUAAAUUAAUUUAACAAUGGUGCACUGCA